AUGCUGGAAGACUGCUGCCCUCUGCUGGUCACACAGAGACUGCUGCCCUCUGCUGGUCACACAGAGACUGCUGCCCUCUGCUGGUCACAGAGAGACUGCUGCCCUCUGCUGGUCACACAGAGACUGCUGCCCUCUGGUGGUCACACAGACUGCUGCCCUCUGGUGGUCACACAGACUGCUGCCCUCUGGUGGUCACACAGACUGCUGCCCUCUGGUGGUCACAGAGACUGCUGCCCUCUGGUGGUCACACAGGAGACUGCUGCCCUCUGCUGGUCACACAGACUGCUGCCCUCUGCUGGUCACACAGACUGCUGCCCUGGUGGUCACACAGACUGCUGCCUUCUGGUGGUCACACAGAACUGCUGCCCUCUGCUGGUCACACAGACUGCUGCCCUCUGCUGGUCACACAGACUGCUGCCCUCUGGUGGUCACACAGAGACUGCUGCCCUCUCUGGUCACACAGACUGCUGCCUUCUGGUGGUCACACAGACUGCUGCCUUCUGGUGGUCACACAGACUGCUGCCCUCUGGUGGUCACACAGAGACUUCUGCCCUCUGCUGGUCACACACAGACUGCUGCCUUCUGGUGGUCACACAGACUGCUGCCUUCUGGUGGUCACACAGACUGCUGCCCCUCUGGUCACACAGACUGCUGCCUUCUGGUGGUCACACAGACUGCUGCAGCUCUGCUGGUCACACAGACUGCUGCCCUCUGGUGGUCACACAGAGACUGCUGCCCUCUGCUGGUCACACAGACUGCUGCCUUCUGGUGGUCACACAGACUGCUGCCUUCUGGUGGUCACACAGACUGCUGCCCUCUGGUGGUCACACAGAGACUUCUGCCCUCUGCUGGUCACACACAGACUGCUGCCUUCUGGUGGUCACACAGACUGCUGCCUUCUGGUGGUCACACAGACUGCUGCCCUCUGCUGGUCACACAGACUGCUGCAACAGACCGCCUCUGGUGGUCACACAGACUGCUUGCUGCCUGGUGGUCACACAGACUGCUGCCUCUGGGUCACACAGACUGCUGCCCCUCUGUGUCACACAGACUGGCCUCUGGUGGUCACACAGACUGCCCUCUGGUGGUCACACAGACUGCUGCCUUCUGGUGGUCACACAGAUGCUGCCUUCUGGUGGUCACACAGACUGCUGCCCUCUGGUGGUCACACAGAGACUUCUGCCCUCUGGUGGUCACACAGACUGCUGCCUUCUGCUGGUCACACAGACUGCUGCCUUCUGGUGGUCACACAGACUGCUGCCCUCUGCUGGUCACACAGACUGCUGCCUUCUGGUGGUCACACAGACUGCUGCCCUCUGCUGGUCACACAGACUGCUGCCCUCUGGUGGUCACAGAGACUGCUGCCUUCUGGUGGUCACACAGACUGCUGCCCUCUGCUGGUCACACAGACUGCUGCCUUCUGGUGGUCACACAGACUGCUGCCCUCUGCUGGUCACACAGACUGCUGCCUUCUGGUGGUCACACAGACUGCUGCCUUCUGGUGGUCACACAGACUGCUGCCCUCUGGUGGUCACACAGAGACUUCUGCCCUCUGCUGGUCACACAGACUGCUGCCCUCUGGUGGUCACACAGACUGCUGCCUUCUGGUGGUCACACAGACUGCUGCCCUCUGGUGGUCACACAGACUGCUGCCCUCUGCUGGUCACACAGACUGCUGCCUUCUGGUGGUCACACAGACUGCUGCCCUCUGCUGGUCACACAAACUGCUGCCCUCUGCUGGUCACACAGAGACUGCUGCCCUCUGCUGGUCACACAGACUGCUGCCCUCUGCUGGUUGUCUUGAACAUUGUAAGAACAUAA